GGAACUACGCUGAAGCAAACAAAAAUCUCCUAUUGACAGGAAUUCCAGUUCUCUUUCUUCCUGGGAAUGCUGGCAGUUACAAACAAGUACGUUCUCUUGGCUCCAUUGCACUUAGAAAAGCAGAAGAUGUUGACUUCAAGUAUCAUUUUAAUUUCUUCAGUGUCAACUUUAAUGAGGAGUUGGUUGCAUUGUAUGGUGGUAGUCUGCAACGACAGACCAAGUUUGUGCACGAAUGCAUAAAAGUAAUUCUUAAAUUGUACAGGGAUCGAGAAUUUGCACCGACCAGUGUUGCAAUAGUAGGUCAUUCCAUGGGUGGUCUUGUUGCAAGAGCAUUGCUUACUCUGAAGAACUUUAAGCCUGAACUUAUAAACCUCCUCAUUACGCAAGCCACGCCUCAUGUUGCACCUGUAAUGCCUUUAGACAAAUAUCUUACUGAUUUUUAUACAGCUGUAAACAAUCAUUGGAUCCUAAAGGCCCAAGAUUUAAGAAAUUUAACUACCCUUUCUGUGGCGGGAGGAUUCAGAGAUUACCAAGUUCGUUCAGGACUGGCUUUUCUACCAAGAUUGAGUCAACAUGACAGUGCCUUAUCUGUUGUGAGCUCAGCUGUGCCUAGAGCUUGGGCCUCAACAGAUCAUCUCUCCAUAGUGUGGUGCAAAGAAUUGAUCCUGGCUACCAUUAGAGCUUUUUUUGAUCUCAUAGAUGAAAACACAAGGCAGAUAACUGAGGAUCCAAAGAAGAGAAUGUCUGUACUGAAUCACCACUUCGUGAGACACCCUGCAAAGAUAUUUGAGGAAAAUCCUGAAGCUUUUACAGAACUCACAGGAUCUUUUAUGUGGAUUACAGUCAAAGCCUCAAAAUGGACUUACUCAGUUUACAAUGAUUCUGAUGGAAAAUAUUUCACGUUUCCUCUUGCAAGCCACAGAAAAUCAUACAGUCAUGUUUAUUGUGAAAACAGUAUGUUGGACACAAGUAGCUGGAUUUAUGGCUGUAUGAACAGUAAUUCAUCAGUGUGCCUGGAAGCUACUGAUUUAUCCUGGAGAGCUGAGUUACUUCCAACCACCAAGGUUGUAAUACUGAAACUUCAGGACUAUCCUUCUUUGUCCCACAUUGUCAUUCAGGUACCACCCACAGUCGGCAAUAAGUAUACUUUGGACUGUGAAUUCUUCAAAGAGGAUUCCAGAACAGUACAGCUUCCUGUAACACAUCUUUUUUCAUUUGGGCUUUCUUCAAGCAAAAUUCUAUUAAAUUCAACUGGCUUACUUUACAAUGUACAGCUCCAGCACUUUCACCGAAUCUAUCAAGCUUUCAAAAUUUAUAUAGAGAGCCACUGCCAGUCAGUCAAAGAUAGAAAGCCUAGUGUUUACAGACUUCAUAUACCCUGGUCACAUGAAGACUCGAUAACUGUAGCAAAAGUUCCAUCUUUUACUGAGAUUUCUGCAAAACUGCAUAUUGCUCAGCCUCAGAAUGACAGCAGGGUUCCAGAGUUAAAUAUUUACUCUUCCUCAGACUGUCAGUAUGAAGUAAUUCUGAAGACAUCACUUUUACAAGUUCUUGGGCAAAUAAUAAGGUUCCAUGCUGGUGCUCUUCCUGUCUAUAUUGUUUCUAAUAUUCUUCUUACUUAUGGAGGACAAUUGAGCACAUUGAUAUCAACAGGCCAGUGUUCAGACUUCUCCCUUGAACUAGUUAGGACAGCUAAACCCUACAAAUUAGAACCUCUUAUAAGCAUUGUUGUGUUUCUGCAGGGGUUUAACUGGUUUAGAGAGAUAUGGGAAUCACUGUCACUACCAGAGGUGGAUGCUGCUGUACUGAGUAGUCAGGAUGCAUGGUUCCCCCUUGUGUCCCUGAUUCUAUUUCUUUUUGGGACAGGCAUUGCCUACUGGAGUGGAGUAUUUUUCUCUACAUCUCUGAGAAUCUUCUCUUCAUUAUGGUUAACUCUGAUGAGACCUACUGUACUUCAAAAAGAUAAGUUGAUUACACCCAGAAGACUCUGCAGCAUGUUAUCCCUUGCUUUGGUUAGCUGGACCACUUGUGGUGCUUUUGCUGUAUUCAUUAUUUAUCUUCAAUACUUGUUUAAGGUUGUAAAACUGCAUGUGAAUGUAAGAGCAGAACAAAACAUGCUCAAUGGGGAUUCAGACCACUCAAAAGAAACUUUACAGAACUCAAGUAUAUACACAGUCAAAACCCAGAGUUCGAUGGACAGUAUUUCAGAAGCAACACAAUCUCUUUCCAACAGUACAACAACUGCUGAAGCCGUUAACAGUCUUAAGAUGCAUGUUACAAUUCUCAAUUUAUUCACCUGGAUUGUGCUGCUCAACUUGCCAUCUUUAAUUUAUUGGUUAAAAAAUCUCAGGUACAAUAUUAGACUUGAUCCUGAUCCAUGUAGAUCUACAGCUAUUAUCAUCGUAUGCAUUUUAGAAAUUCUCAUGAAUUCAAGUAUUUCUGAAGUGAAAUCAAGUAAACUCUUGAAGAUCGCAGCCAAAGUUCCACUCCCUUUGUCUGUUGCAAUGUUGGCCUUUGGACGAAUGCAUUUAUACAAAGUACCACACUUUGUAACCUUUUCUCUUCUUCUACAUGUGCUGUGUUGCAUUGUGUAA